AUGGCUUCCUCUUCUUCCCUGAUCAGCAACCAAACCAAUGUCUCAACCGCACUCGGAACCCUACUUCUCACCAAUAAUCAACACUCCAACGUUGUCUUCUCGCCCCUUUCCAUCCAGACCCUCCUGAGCUUACUAGCCGCCGGUUCCAAAGAUCAAACACUCGACCAACUUCUCGCUUUCCUUAAAGUGGAUACGAAGGAUGACCUCAACUCUCUUUAUUCGGAACUUGUGUCCUUGAUAUUGGCCGAUGGUAGCCCAGUUGGCGGACCUAGAUUGUCUUUUGCAAACGCGGUUUGGGUUCACAAAACCCUUCCUCUCAAACCUUCUUUCAAACAGGUUGUUGACACCGUUUAUAAAGGGACUUGCGAGCAAGCCGAUUUCGAGAAGGCUGUAGAGGUAGCCAGUGAAGUGAAUUUAUGGGGUCAAAAGCAAACAAAUGGCCUCAUCAAUCAAGUCAUUAGUGCUGAACAAGUUAAAAAUGGCAUAAUGCUCAUCCUUGCAAAUGCUAUCUACUUCAAGGGAACAUGGACUCAGAAGUUUAACAAGUCAUGGACUAUAGAACGUUACUUUCACCUCCUCAAUGGCAGCAAAGUUAAAGUCCCCUUCAUGACCAGCUCCAAAAAUCAGUUCGUGCGUGAAUAUGAUGGUUUUAAAGUAUUGGGUCUUCCAUAUUACCAAGGCCAGGAUAACCGGAAGUUUUCAAUGUACUUUUACCUCAGUGAUGCAAAAGACGGGCUUCCGUCCUUGAUAAAGAAGAUCGGUUCCACAUCCAACUUUAUUGAACAUCACAUUCCACCUUUUAAAGCAAUGGUCAGGGAGUUUUUUAUACCAAAAUUUAAGAUUGAAUUCGGGUUUGAAGCUUCUGAUAUGUUGAAGGAAUUAGGGCUUGUAUUGCCUUUUGGCGUUGGACAUCAUGUCACCGAAAUGGUUGACUCACCUGUUGGUACAGGCCUUUAUGUACCGGAAAUCCACCAAAAAUCCGUUGUGGAGGUGAAUGAAGAAGGUACAGAAGCUGCAGCGGUCAGUUUUGGAGUGAUGUCAUUUGGAUGUGCAGCAACGGUACCUAAAGUUGUUGAUUUUGUGGCGGAUCACCCGUUUUUGUUUGUGAUUAGAGAAGAUGUGACCAGGAUUGUGUUGUUUAUGGGACAGGUAAGUGACCCUAGCUUAAGUAUCUAGUGUCCUUACCUUUUUGCUUUGUUUUGUGUUGAUCAUUCCUCUUUUUACUACAAAUAAA